AUGGUGGUGUUUGUGUGCGGCACAGCACCCGUGUGCGAGGGCGUGUGCGUCGUGCUCCUCCGCUCCUCGCUGCUGCAGCUGCUCUACAUCUGGCUCGUGCGACACAGGAUCCUGUUCUCGGCCACGAUUCUGAAGCACGCGGUGCACGUGGUGAACACGUUCCCGUCGGUCAUCUGGGUGGCGUACCUCUUCCUCCUCCUCAGCCUCGUGUGGACCGUCGUCUGGGUCGUGGGCGUCUCAGGCGCCAUGGCGCUGGUGAGAGCCAUGCCUCUCUGUAUGCCCCCAUCCAGUCAUCUUCCGCUCCACAUCAUGUCACCGUUGCACCAUGUUGCAUCUACUGACCUUCCCGCUGCUCUCCCAUCCUCUCUCCCACCCCGUGCGCUGUGGUGUGUGUGUGCUCUCCCUUCCCUUCCCCCACACCAUGUGCUGUGCUGUGGUGUGUGUGGGUGGGCGGCAGACGAACGCGUUUGUGGUGCUCAUCAUCCUCGUACUCAGCAACUACUGGACCAUGGAGGUACUUAUGCCACCCCUCUCCUCCUUGCCAUGCAAUGGGUUUAG